CUCGCUAGGGGUGGCUCUCUAUAUAAACAGCGCCGAGAGCAAGGCAAACACACAGUCCGCUGGCAACAAGUGCUGCUCGCCCCAGCCUUCUCCGCUCUCCCCCACGCAGCAGCCCGCCGCCCCAAGUGACCAUCAGAAUGCAGGUCCGCGCCCUCGUCGCCGUCUUCCUCCUGACCGCCCUGGUGCUGCUGGCCGGCCCCGCCGCCGCCACCUUCCGCAAGCCGCCCUUCAACGGCAGCAUCUUCGGCAAGCGCGGCACGCCGGACCAGGUCCGGUCCAUGGCGGAAGUGGAUACCACGGCCAACACGAUGAACGCACUGUGCGCGGUCGCCACGGAGGCCUGCAACGCCUGGUACUCGGCCGAUAACUAAAUUCCAGGGUUCGUCACCUCGCCCGAGACGCAUCCUCUGUACGUGGACGACAUCAUGGGAUCGACGCGGCCGUCCUCCCCGCGGAGGGUCCCGGCCGCCAGCAAUAUUCCGCGGCCCUUUUUUACUUCAUUUCUGAUUUUCAACACCGCCGAGAGGGAAUAAUAGAAUCAUCAUUAGAAAAGAUAUGACCCAUAUGUUGUUUGGUUCUGUCUAUAGGUCCACAGACCCACAACCGUCACUAGUUGUUUAGACAUCCUCUGAUACGUUAUUCAGUUAUUUUACUGUAGAAAACGCACCAAACCUGUGAAGGGGGUGAGCCGCGAAGGUGGUCCAGAGCGUGGAAAAAUAUGGACCUCUGUCGAGCACGUUCAUGAACGGACUAAAAUGUCGAAGUGAAAUAAGAAAAACUGCCCCUGGCCAUCUUCACGCGACCGUUUCCUGUAUGCUUGUAGCUAUGUUUAUCAACUGCUUAAAAUUCAAUUCAAUAAAAUGAGACUUUAGAGAUCCCUCUAA